AUGCUUUCGUUCCUUACUCUCCUUUCCCUCGCUUGUUCGCUCACUCACGCCUUGUACAUCCCCAACCUGGGCCCCAGCCUGGGCGAGUCCCAAAAGGCCGACACCAAAUCGUCUUCUUCUGGUGUCGAGGCCACCGCUGUUUCAUUGAACUUUGGUAUCACCAGAAGAGACCACACCGCCAGCGACUUCUGGCCAAAAAUGGUCGAAGGCAUUGAGAAACGUCACUUCAAAAGAGACAAGGAGGUGACCAUCACCAACUACCAGGAUGUGAUCUACCACAUUGAUGUCAAUGUGGGUAAGUCCAAGUGCACUGUUUCCUUGGACACUGGAUCGUCGGACCUCUGGGUGUGGGGUCAGUCUGGAUCUGGCGAAGGUGGCCACUACGACUCGUCGCUGGGCAAGAAACUCGACCAGAAGUUUGAGAUCUCUUACUUGGACCUGACUUCUUCCAACGGUGACUACUACACCGACUCGUUCAGCUUCGACGGCGAGAAACUUCUCAAGGACUUCCAAUUCGGUGUUGUUUCCCAGUCCAACGACAACGGAUACGGUAUCUUAGGUAUUGCCGACAGAAACCAGGAGGCUUCGUUGAAGAGCGGAGGAUCCGAAUACGACAACCUUCCAUGGGCUUUGAAGAAACAAGGAGUCAUCAAGCUGGCUUCCUACUCCUUGUGGAUCAACAGCGGUGGCGACAAGAGCGAGGGUACCAUUUUGUUUGGUGGAAAGGACUCCUCCAAGUACAAGGGUGACUUGACCACCUACCCUGUGGACAAGAGUGCCAACGGGUUGGCCAUUACCUUGGACAACAUGAAGAUUGACGGCAAGAGCAUUAACGUGGGUGCACCUGUGCUUUUGGACUCGGGCACCACUGGUGGUAUUUUGCCCAAGAAGGUGAUGAACCACUUUGACGAGAUUUUCAAGCCCAACAAGGUGACGCCUUCCAACGGCCUUGUGGAACGUUACGUGGACUGCAAGCAGCCCACCGACAAGUUCAUCGAGUUUGAUUUCGGCAAGAACAAGAUCAGAGCCUCCUACCAGGACGUCAUCAUGGAGUUCGAGGAGAACAAGUGCAUGUUGGGAUUCACCGACUACCAGGACAGGUACAUUUUGGGUGACGCCUUCUUGAGAAACGCCUACGUGUACUACGACCUCGACAACCAGGAGAUCUCUCUUGCUCAGUCCCAGAACAGCGGUGGAGGCCACUCUCCUCCAUCUAACGACACUUCCAGCGGUGGCUCUUCUCCAACUUCCAGUGGAAACGGACCAACCUCGCUUCCACAGACCGCCACUUCCAGUGGAAACGGACCAACUUCCAGUGGUAACGCUUCAACCUCGCUUCCACAGAUCGCCACUUCUGGCGGCAACGGUGGUGUAUCUAACGCUCCAACUGCCACUUCUCCAGGUAACUCCAACCCUACCGGUGCUGCUCCUUCUGACUGGACCUACCCUGGCGCCAACCCUACCAGCGGCGGCUCUUUCCCAGCUCCAACUGGCGGUAACGCUCCUGGCAACUCUGACCAAGGUAACUCUGGUCCAGGCAACUCGAACCCAGGCAACGGGGAUUUGCCAGACUUUGGCGGCGACUUUGGCGGUGACUUUGGUCUGGGCGGAUACGCUUCUGCUGGAGCUAAUGCUCAAGCCAAGGAUGGAGAGCACCACAUUGCUGAUACCCACGCUCUCGUCACCAAGGUUGCCAACCAUGCCAAGGUGGGCGUAGUCUAG